GCAGGCGGAAAUUGAGCAGCCAUCGCCCCAGAUAACGGUGUAUCAAAAGCGAGGACGAGAGAUUUGCGGCCGCGGCGGGCGAGAAUAUUGCAUGUCGACGCCUGGAAUUCGGCCGUAGUCGACGCAAGCAGCACCUUGGGUAUCGGGCGCAGCGGCGUGCACGCGGACGAGUCGGCCCCGUGUCGACGCAGCACAGUUGUUGGCACACGACACACACAAGCGGCGAUGGCCCUGCUGGGGAGGAGCAGCAGCAGCGCCUGAACUCGCUCAAGCACCGACACCCUUUUCGCCACCCGAGCAUCGGUCGGCCAUCGAAGAGUUGUCCAGCGCAGUGUUCCGCCGAGUGUAGCAGCGAGUGAUCCAAAAUGCGCGAGUACAAGAUCGUGGUCUUGGGCAGCGGAGGUGUCGGCAAGUCGGCCCUCACCGUCCAGUUCGUCCAGGGCAUUUUUGUCGAGAAGUACGACCCAACCAUCGAGGACAGCUACCGCAAGCAGGUCGAAGUGGACGGCCAGCAGUGCAUGCUCGAGAUUCUCGACACUGCCGGCACUGAACAAUUCACUGCCAUGCGGGAUCUGUAUAUGAAGAACGGCCAGGGUUUUGUGUUGGUCUACUCGAUAACGGCGCAGUCGACGUUCAACGACCUGCAGGAUUUACGCGAGCAGAUCCUCAGGGUCAAGGACACUGAGGAGGUGCCCAUGGUGCUCGUGGGCAACAAGUGCGACCUCGAGGACGAGCGUGUCGUGGGCAAGGAUCAGGGCAUCAGCCUCGCGCGCAACUUCAACUGCGCCUUCAUGGAAACCUCAGCCAAAGCCAAAAUCAAUGUAAAUGAUAUAUUCUACGAUCUUGUUCGGCAAAUCAACAAGAAAUCCCCUGAGAAGAAGCAAAAACUGAGAAAGAAGACUCACUGCAUCCUGCUCUAAUCACGCCCCACGCCCUGACUAAUAAUUUUCGAAACGAGGGAAAACCAACUGCAAAAGGAUCAACGACGACCGUUCGUCCUUCCCGCAUAAUGAAAGACUUUUCCGAACUCACACACAAACAAACUACUCUGUCAAACUCACUGCAGGCACAAAUCGAGUCUCCCCCACCCCCUCUUUCCCUGACCCCCUGCCCACCCUGUCGGAUCGGUGUUGUUGGUUUUGUGCUGCCGGCUGCGCAAUCUGGUGAUACGUUUUUGGUUAAACGCUGAUGGACCGCCCCCCGUGUUUGCUUGUUUCCCGAGGACCGAUUUUCUGUCGCCCGGCUCGUGUCCUUUUAUAGUAUUUCGGUAUAAAAAUUCUACUGCUAUGUACUACUGCCAUCGUCUCUUACUCCUCACUGUAACAACCGCUGCAGAUCAAGAUUAAGAAGAGAGAACCACUGUCGGCCGGGUUGCGUUUUUCCCCGCGAGUCGCCCGCAGACGGCCGGCCCAGCCGCUGGCCCUCGAGUGCCAAAGACAUUGACGCUUUCUGUGAUUUUGGCCGCAGCGGCAGUGCCAGCGUGGCGGGCCGGCGCCGAUCGGCGCAGCGAACUUGCCUCCCCCCACACAACACAACAAAAACUAAAAUCAAAUUAGCAAGAAUCGACUAUUAAUAUUUAAAGCAGACAGAAAUCGAGAAUAUAUUGUCAUCCAACUCUUUUAAUGAAUGUGUAACAUAAGUGUGUGUCACCCCUCUGAUGAAUGAGAAUCGGACAACUUCCUAAUUCGCAGUAAUAGCUUUGUGGUCCCGCCGCGCCGAGUUUGGAAAGAAUUCGAAUCCGUCUGCUAUAGUUUUUGCCGACGAGUGACUUCGGAUGUACAAAAUUUGCAUCGCAAACCCACUGGACCAAUCGGACUACUCGCAACUGAUGAGCAAUUUUGACGUCUUUCACGCAGUAAAGGAAAUUUGCGCUGCUCACCCAUCUCUUUUCCUCGACUUUCUUUCGUGUCUGUCUUUUCCAAAGUCGGACCGGGCGGGACCGCUGACUAUCGAGCCACUCGAAGCUUCUAAUUUUGUAACCCAACGCCAAUGGAAGCAACCCCCCGGUUUUGGUUUCCGCGCCGUUUAGUUAAGAGUAAUCGUACCGCUUUCUUGAUCACGAUAAAUAAUUUGCUAUCAAUACACACGCAUAUAAUAAUAUAUUUUUCUCUCGCCCACGAGCUUUAAAAGAAAAAAAUGUAUAACCGCUUACUGCUACAGGUAAACACACAAAGUGAUGUUCGAAUGAUAUCAGUUUUCUGUUCAUGUUUGGCAUUUCUCUCGGAAGUUAUACACUGAAGGCGAAAGUUAAGAGACUGCUGAAGCGUCUCAAAGCAAGUCAGUGUAAUUAUGAUUAUUAUUAUGAACUAAUGUAAUUACUGAAUAUUAUUAACAACUAUUUCCGAUGAAAUUGGAUGCAUUUUUGAGCAUGUUUAAGUUUUAUCUGUGGAAAUACGGUCUCGUUGAAAGCACCGGAAGUGCGGUCGUGCAUUUUUGGCAGUGAAAAUAGAAAAUCAAUACGCAUUUGAGAUAAGAGGGGCGUUCUGGGUAUCGUUUAAGGAAAAUCAAAAGCGAUGAUUUUCUAUCGUUUAAGACGUUUUUGUUUUGCUUCUUGGGAGCGUAGUGAGCAAGAAAGGAAAAAUAACGUGGGAGUAAUAAUCGAAAAUAUAUAUCAGCACAAAAUCGUGGGUAUUUUAGUCUUGCGGAUGGUUAUUUUUGUUGAAAACCGAAUAAUGGACCAUCCAUUUCCGAGAACAUGGAAGAUAAUAAUGAUGAUGCUUGUAAACUGUCUUCUGCGCCUUUCUGCCAAAAAUUGAUGGGAAAUUGUUUUGGAUGGUAAUAAGUAACUUGAAAAAAUUCUGGUAUCAUUGAUGGAAAACAACUGCCCCCUUCCCCUUGUAUUUUAAUCUCUGUUUUAAAGUUUAAGAUCUGUUCUACUCUUGUAAAAAUAAAAGCAUGAAAAUUA